CGGAGGGCGCGCGGAGCGAAGGGCGGCGGCGGCGGCUCGUGCUCGGACCGGGCUCUGGAUCCCGCUCGGCCCCCGGAUCCCGCUCGGCCGGCUGUUCCCGGCCCGCUGUGGCGCGCCCCAACACCCUGCGUUCCCCGCACCCGCACUCGGCCCCGCGGAGGAGAGGCCAUGCCGCCGCGGCGCAGCAUCGUGGAGGUGAAGGUGCUGGACGUGCAGAAGCGGCGGGUGCCCAACAAGCAUUAUGUCUACAUCAUCCGUGUCACGUGGUCCAGCGGCUCCACGGAGGCCAUUUACCGGCGCUACAGCAAAUUCUUUGAUCUCCAGAUGCAGAUGUUGGACAAAUUUCCCAUGGAAGGAGGACAGAAGGACCCCAAACAGCGGAUCAUUCCCUUUCUUCCAGGCAAAAUUCUCUUCCGGCGGAGCCACAUUCGGGACGUGGCCGUCAAACGCUUGAUACCAAUCGAUGAAUACUGUAAGGCCCUGAUCCAGCUGCCCCCCUACAUUUCUCAGUGUGAUGAGGUGCUGCAGUUCUUUGAAACAAGACCUGAGGACCUGAAUCCCCCCAAAGAGGAACAUGUUGGGAAAAAGAAAUCUGGGGGCGACCUGACCUCGGUGGACCCCAUGGUCCUGGAGCAGUACGUAGUGGUGGCAGACUACCAGAAGCAGGAGAGCUCGGAGAUCAGCCUCAGCGUGGGGCAAGUGGUAGACAUCAUCGAGAAGAACGAGUCAGGUUGGUGGUUCGUCAGCACGGCUGAAGAGCAAGGCUGGGUCCCCGCAACCUGCCUCGAAGGACAGGAUGGUGUGCAGGAUGAGUUUUCCCUACAGCCUGAAGAAGUCUCAUGGAGAUACUGGUCUCUGCCCCAGCCCAUGGGCCGCCGCCGGACUCUGGGGGACCUGUAUGCCAUCAGCUGGCGUCAAGAGGAGAAGUACACAGUCAUCUACCCAUACACAGCUCGUGACCAAGAUGAAAUGAACCUGGAGAGAGGAGCUGUGGUGGAGGUCAUCCAGAAAAACCUGGAAGGCUGGUGGAAGAUCAGGUACCAGGGCAAAGAGGGCUGGGCCCCAGCCUCCUACCUAAAGAAGAGCAGCGGGGAGCCUGUACCCCCAAAGUUGGGCCCCGGCUCACCCGCCCACGCGGGCGUCCUCGAGCUGGACGGCGUCUCCCGGCAGCAGAACUCGGUGGGCCGGGAGAAGGAGCUGCUCAACAACCAGAGGGAUGGCCGGUUUGAAGGCCGCCCGGCGCCCGACAGUGACGUCAAGCAGAGAUCACCCAAGAUGAGACAGAGACCCCCUCCUCGCCGGGAUAUGACCAUACCUCGAGGUCUGCCCAAGCCUCCCAUCCCACCCCAAGUGGAGGAAGAAUAUUACACCAUUGCUGAAUUCCAGACCACCAUCCCUGAUGGCAUCAGCUUCCAGGCGGGCCUGAAGGUCGAGGUGAUCGAGAAGAACUUGAGCGGCUGGUGGUACAUUCAGAUUGAAGAUAAGGAAGGGUGGGCCCCAGCGACUUUCAUCGAUAAGUAUAAGAAAACCAGCAAUGCCUCAAGACCCAACUUUCUGGCUCCCUUGCCCAAUGAGGUGACGCAGCUCCGGUUGGGAGAUGCAGCAGCAAUGGAGAACUGCACGGGCAGUGAAGCCGUCGGCCCGUCCCGGCCCCUACCCGAUGCACCACAUGGGGCUGUGGACUCCGCCAUGCAAUGGUCCAAAGACUGGAAGGGUGGUAAGGAGGUCCCAAGGAAGGCAUCUUCAGACACGUCCUCGUGUGCAGGCUACGAGGAGAUCUCGGACCCCGACCUGGAGGAGAAGCCCAGCCUCCCUCCCCGGAAAGAAUCCAUCAUCAAGUCGGAAGGGGAGCUGCAGGAGCGACAGAGGAUGGAGCAGCUCAGAGGUUCUUCACCCAAGCCUCCUGGCAUGAUCUUGCCAAUGAUCCCAACCAAACACACGCCUCCAGCCCGGGACAGCAGGAGACCAGAGUCCAAACCUGACAAAAGCAAGUUGUUCCAGCUGAAAAAUGAGAUGGGGCUGGAGUGUGGCCAUAAAGUAUUGGCCAAGGAAGUGAAGAAGCCCAACCUCCGACCUGUCUCCAAAUCCAAAGCUGACCCACCGGAGGAGAGGCCGGAAGCUGUUCCCCAGAAUCCCUUCUUAAAGUCCAAACCUCAGGUUAGGCCAAAACCAGCUCCUUCCCCCAGGACAGAGCCACCUCAGGGCGAAGACCAAGUGGACAUCUGUAACCUCAGGAGCAAGCUCAGGCCUGCCAAGUCCCAAGAGAAACCCUCGUUGGACGGAGAGAGCAGCCCCCAGGCUGGGGGAGGCCAGGACGUGGCCAUCAGCCGUGGCUUCCUCCCAGGGGAGGGGCCUGGCCGUGCCCAGGACAGGACGAGCAAACAGGAUGGGCUCAGCCCAAAGGAGACGUCCUGCAGAGCCCCUCCAAGGCCGGCCAAGACCGCAGAUCCUGUGCCUAAGAAUGUGCCAGUCCCUCUCCAAGAGGCUUCCCAGCAGAGACCUGUGGUCCCUCCUCGGAGACCACCACCCCCCAAGAAAACCUCCUCGUCGUCCAGGCCCCUUCCAGAGGUCAGAGGGCCCCUUCCAGAGGUCAGAGGGCCCCUUCCAGAGGUCAGAGGGCCGCAGCGGGAGCCCACCGAAGGCAAGGCAGCUCCUGUCCCAGGCCGGGCCCUGCUUGUCCCCCCAAAAGCCAAACCUUUUCUCUCCAACUCCUCAGGGGGGCAGGAUGACAUGCGAGGCAAAGGUGGGCUGGGGCCACGGAUGAUGGGCAAGAUGGGAGAAAACAAGGAGAAAGUGGCUGCAGCCCCCUUCCCCAAUGCAGACGGCCCCAAGGACUUGUAUGUGGCCGUGGCCAACUUUGAAGGAGACGAAGGUACCAGCAGCUUCCAGGAGGGGACGGUGUUCGAGGUCCGGGAAAAGAACAGCAGCGGCUGGUGGUUCUGCCAGGUGCAAAGCGGGGCCCCCUCCUGGGAGGGGUGGAUUCCUUCCAACUAUCUCAGAAAGAAGCCCUAGCCUGCUCCCUUCCUGCCUGGAAGUCCUGCACGACCCUGCCGGCUUUACCUACAUAUUUAAUAUGCCUCUUAAUUUAUCAUCCUCCACGCAGCUUCAAAGGAAGGAAUACUGGAAUACUGUGGUUUCUUCCCUUCUCUGGGUGGAGAGGGACCCCUCCCAUCACAGCGUCCCCUGGAGGCUCAGAGGCCACACCCCUUUCUCUCUUCUCAGCAUCCCUGCCUUAAGGCCAGUGGCAUUGCCACCCAGCUUCCCUGCCCACCCAACAGCUGGACCAUGACUCUCUGAGGUCUCUAGGACCGGAAUCCAUCAUCUGGAGAAACUACAGAAAGGGUCUCUUGUUGAUCGGAUCAGGCAGAGUGUGGGUAGCCCUCUGCCGACCCAGCACCCCACCCAGUUCAUUCAUGUCAAGCAACUUGAUUCACUCAGUUUCCAAAAUGCCUGGUCCCAGAAAGAACUUCAUCCCGUAGAAGUCAGCUCCGUUGCCAGUUCCAGGGAGGUGGUGUCUUCCCCGAGGCCUCAGGUCCACGGGCCUCUCAGGUUCAAGCAGAUGCAGCUGCCCCAGGAGUGGGCCUGGAGGUCCUCCCAGCCACGCUGCCUCCCUUCUGUGCUGGGACCCUGAUCAGUUCUAAAGGAGUGCUUCCAGCUCCGAGCAUGCUCCCCUUUUCCUGCUGCAGGCUGGGGUCCAACCCAGGGCUUUUAAACAAGAAUCCCCAGCCCGCUUUUGGGGGGGCCUUUCACUUCUGCCUACCUAGAGCAAGAAUCUCAAGGUUUGUUUGAAUAAGGGGACCGUUCACAAGCCACGCCCCUUGGGAGCUCCUCUUUGCUGAGUAGCUAGUAGGUGCCAAACGCUGUACUUGGCACUUUACCUUCAUGCUGAACCCUCACAGCAGCCCUCUCUGAUACUAUUACUCCUGUUUUAUAGAUGAGGAAACGGGUUCAAUGGGCCCAAGGGCACACUAGCUGGGAAGAGGAGCAAAGGGGAUUUGCAUCCAGGCUGGCCUGACUUCCAUGCCUGUGCCCUUCCCCUGUAAGAGGCAAACCAGGCGGGGAGACGGAGACGCCAGCUGGCUGCCCUGGACUGUGCAUGUGGGGGCCGGGUGGCUGCUCCCACACCCAACACCCCUCCAACCCAUUGUAGCAUCUACUGAAGGCUGCCCUGGACCCCAUAUGGUUGCUCCACACAGAGGCUGCCCACGGCCCUGGUGCUGCCACAGAGCCCUGUUUCCUGCUCCUAUGCUGGUGCCCACCCCAGGGGAUAGAACUUAUGGAGCAAAGGGAGCCAAGGUGGUCUCACAUGCCAGCCUUGAGGGACCCUGGUGGCUCAAGGGCCAGCAGCGGAGUCUCCAGCAAACUGGGCAGAGUAGGCAGUAGUCCCAUAAGGAGAUGGGGACCCGAGGGCCAGGCAGAACCUCCUGUCUCUGCUGCUGCUUCCUGCUCCUCUCUGGCACUCGAAGAGUAGUUUUCUCUUUUUUUCUUUCCAUGCACUCUCCCUCUCUGUGGUCUCACUGGAAGGAACCCGGGGCAGCCCUUGCACCCGUUUUGACUGAUGUGGUUCACUGAGUCACGUAGAGACACAGCUACACUGCAGAACGAGAAUCAGGACCCAGGGUUUCUGGCUUCCAGCCCAGAGCUCUUGCCUGGGGUCCAGGCUGCCUUGGGGGGUGAGAAUGCAGCACCCCUCCUCAUCCCACCCUACUCUGCAGGACAAGAGGAAGUGGCCCUCUGGCCCUGCCCCCAGAGAUCUCUGAUGCAGAGUAGUCAUCUGCUGCCAUGCUUUUGGGACCACAAGAGCAGCUUUCCCAGGGAUGCUCGCCGUCUACCUGCAGUGCCAAAAUUUAUGUGCAGACAGCUCUCUUCCACUCUCCCCUCCCCUCCCCACCCCUCCUCACUGCCACAUGGGCUCUGGAUCCUUCCCUGAUACACAAUCGCAUCUUUAUUCCUUCCUUCAGUAGGUCUGUAAAUCCCACACCCCGAGAGUCUUGGGACAGGGCCCUGAGGUGCCCUGCCACGCCCACUUGCCCCCAGCCCUGUUCCCAGAACCUUGGGGGGAAGAUGGCAGCCAGGGGCAGAAGGGAGAAUGGGAGAGGGCCAUCCACCCUCCAAGGUCCCCUCACUCGGGAGGAGGCCCCACAGCACGUUUUCCUGAGUUUUUGACCCAUUUUGGUUUAAACACCAUUCGUGAAGCUGUUAUGCAGGAUUUGACUACAUUUCAAAAGACAAAACUCUAAAUUUUUUUUUCUGAUUAUCUCUCAGCUUUCAUUGACCUUUUCUAGUAUUUUGCGAGUGCCUACUAUGUACUAGGCGCUGGGUGUAGACCAGGCUGCGAGUGGCUCCGUGCCUGGCUGUGAAGAGCUUUGAUUUUUGUGUGCAGAUUCCACUGAAGGCGUUUGUCUUUGGCUUCAUUUCCUCUUCCCAGGGGUCAGCUGGGUGGGAAUGGACUAAUUCCGCCUUUUUCUGGAUAGAAAAUUUUCCCUGCACAUGAAAAAGUAAUCAGCCUUUUUAUUGUUAUUAUUCUGGCGUGAACUGAAGGUACUCAAGCCACAUUUCUCUCUGUUCACUGUUCUUUCCUCAGGACACAUCUGUGGCCUGAGGACUCCUCUCUCCAGCUCCUCCUACCACGGUGAGGGUACUUCCCCAGGCAGCUGCAAGGGACGGUCUUGAUGGCCAACGGCUCUCCCUAGCUGUCCUCACCUGGGGGCUUAGGUUGAUACCAUCCAGGACUGUAGCCACCAUUCUAUGCGCAUUUGAUAGAGCAGAUGCAAAAUCCCCUGGAGUCACCACCGUGGCAAAUGUCCAGGGCCAUAGGAAUAACUUUUGUGCCAGCCUCCGGGCAGGUUACCGGUGCCUACGCACGCUCCGUCCUUUAAUCUCAUCCUCACUUCAACCCUGUGAGGUGCCUAGGAUCAGCCCCAAUCUGUCAUGAGAGCACUGAGGUUCAGAGGUUGAAGUCAGCGUCAUCCAAAUAUUGACCAAGCUGAGACUUGAAUCCCGUUUUUUCUCCCCAGUGCCCGUGACGUUUCCUCUGCCAUCAACAAUGACAUGUUCAUGGUGCUUCCAGGGAAGCAGGUGACCCUCCCUCUCAAUUUAGGUUUUUCCUCUCCUGACCCCACCAUCACACAUGUCAGUAGGUCACAGGCCAAAUGCCAGCCCAGAAAGGCAGGCAAGGAUGGAUUUUAUUCCUUUCCUCACCCCCGCAUACUUUCUCGGGAUGGCUGUUUUAUCUUACACCCUAGGGCAAAACUACAGCUUGUAGUCAGAACGCCAAAUCUUUGGAAAAUCUGCGUUUUAGGACCACCCCUUGAUAAAAUAGGCCUUUACUCAAGUUUUUUACUCAGAAUUUCUUUGCCAUUUGGUGGGUUUAUGUCCUUGUCCCAGGAUGAGACUUGGGGAGCUGGGCUGCAGCUCAAACCAUUUUUAAUGCCCUGCCCUGCCAGGAAAUUGCUAGCGCCUCACCAGGCUUCCAGUAGUCAUGUUACAUGUCAUCCACAAAGCCUCACCACGUGAUUGAUUUCUUAGACAAAGUUCUUGGCCUUAAAACAUUUCUGGGCCCACAGGGGAUUUCCUUCCCAGGUAGAAUGUAGGAAAACAAACUUGCCACAUUAAAGGACAGAUGCCAAAUCUCCCCAAGGUUGGAAGACCCUACUCUUAGGCUGAGGGAUGGACAGUCUAGUAUUUAUUUCGUUUGUACUGAGUACACGGCACUGAGUGGGAUGAAGUAGAAAUCGCUCCUGGCCUCAGGUAGCUGGCAACUCAACAUCAUCAAGAACGAGAACAUUCGUGCCUCGGCUUGGCUCCCGUCCUUUCAUUGUUUCUGAGUUUUUAAGUGUCGGGUCAGGUCUUGCCCUUCACUUUGGGCUGUGAUAAUGUACAUGUAACAGCCUGAGUCACGUGGCAGUCUUGUCCCCUCCUUGGUUGUCAGGCCCGUCCUUCAGGGCUUCUGCUGCAAACAACCAUACCAGACCAUAGAUGAAGAUUCCCUAUUGCCAAACAGUGUGGCCUGAAUGAGUAGGAAACUGGCUUGCGUUGAGGCCUGAGGGUGCGGCAAGCCCUCCGUUAGCCUGGAGGGAUUGCUCCUAACUUGGCCAAGUAACGUCUAGAUGGACCUUAGCCCGUGAAGGUCACAGACAGAGUUGUGGAGUUGUAGAGUUAAAACCAGGAGGCUCCAGAGUCUUUGUCUGCUCAUGGACCACCUGCUGAGGACCCUUCUCACAGACUUGACCGUCCAGCCCCAUGGGGUAACGUCUGCUUUCUGGUGCUACCUUGUGGAGUUUUCAAGCCACCCAUCGUGUUUCCACAUUCCACCUUUCCCGUUUUUAUCGUCUGCUCCCAAAUAGGCCUUCUUGGCUCCAAUCAGGAACAAGGGACUCAACUUCUGUUGUCCUUGAAGAGGCCAAGCCCAGUGCCACAGCCAGUAGCCUUCACUUUCAGGUCUUCUAUAAACGUACAAGAGGAGGUGCACCCACCAGGCUUAUGAUGGCAAUAAGCAAUCCUAACACAACUAAGGUGUCCAUAUUUUACCCCAGUGUACGCCCGUCUGUGACAUUGUGCCCAUGUAAUUGUUAGUAGCAGCACCCCUUCCACUCACGGGGUGAUACCAAACUGGUCACCUUGGCUACAACCCACAUUUCCUGCUUCAGGGAGCCACCAAGUAACUAGGCCAUUUCUUGCAUCCCUCCAGGAGCAGUGGGCUCUGACAGCAUUGCCCCACCACCUCGCGUCUGCUCACAGGAUGAUGCUGGAGAUCUCUGGACAUCUCAGCACUCCUCAUACCCUUGGCAAGCUGACACAUUCUGGUGGUGUCUUUGUUUCCUUUUAACACACACGAAAAAUACAUGAGGAUAUAUAAUGUGAGGGGGGAGGGGUGAUGAACAAUGAAUUAGCUGUAGCAUGUAUAGACUAUAUACUUUACCAUUAGACUUUUCUUUUUUUUUUUAAUAAAAAAAAGUGCUUGACUGGUUUCAAGC